AUGGAUCCUUCCCACAACGUCGCCGACCCCAAGUCGUCACUAGCGCGCAAGAGCAAAUGGCGUGGCCAUCCCGUCAACCUCAAGAUCGGCCAAAAGAACGGGUUCUUUGGCAAAUACCUCGGCGACUCGUACUCGCUGCGGAUCGAAAACCUCGUGUCCAAGCUCCUGGAACUGCAGAGCCGUCCCACGGGCUAUCGCUUCACCGACGACGCUGUCUUUUCCGUCCGCUGCCGGUUCUCGUCCGGCUACAGCGAGCAAGAGUCCAAGCCCUGGCGGAUCUGGCUGCAGCCCUCGGCCCUGACCAAGCUGCUGCUCGCCAUGUCGACCUCGUGUCCGCCGUCCAACCUGUCGCCCUCCUAUGCCGAGUUUGUGGAGCUGUUGCUGAACCUGGCCGAGUGCCCAAGCCUCGAGUACGCCCUCCAGUCGGGCCUGCUCGAGUCCUACGCCGUGACCGACAAGUACCCCGUCGCGGUUGCCCCGGUGGCCCCGAGACCGCGGAACUCUCGCAAGCGGUCCGGAAGCCCCGAUCAAGACUCGGUCAACUCGGAUGAUGGCUGCCUAAGUGCAGGAUCCAGCACUGGAUCCAGUGCCGGAUCGAGCGACGGAUCUAGCGGCGGCCACCCGGAUUCGCCUGCUGCCAAGCGCAGGAUCACGAUCCAGUCGCUGAUGAACAGCGAUCCGCUGGAUCUGGACUGCUGUGCGUAUUAG